AUGCACCGACAGCCUUACACUGCUUUGCUUGUCCUGCUGACUCAAUACAUGGCAUUGCGGAACAAUUCAUCUCCGUCCUCUUUCCUGGGGAUAAUCACAGUAACCAUCUACCUCGUGUGCAUCUCUACUCUGCACAUCACGACACCCUCCCUGCUUUCCGUGCAAUCAUUCAAUCUUACGGACGCAGGCACGGUUCCGGUGACCGUUGGUAUGCCUGUGGUAAACAACUCGGCAUCUUCACAAUCUCAAACACAAUUAUGGGGACAGGCGGCCUCGUUCCUCACGUACGGCAACACCAAUAUACAAUAUUUGUCGACUAUAGGGCUCGCCAACAGUACGAUAUACGACACCAUCCGCCCUGGAGGUGGCCUAGUCGAAGUCACCGUGAAUGCAACUACCGCGAAUGUUACCUGCGGAUGCAUACCAAACGCAACAGCCAUACUAGUGUCGGACUAUCUACUGAUGGUGGACGCUGUAUAUGGCCGUUAUCACUUCACUGUUUACACGGACCCUGGGGAUGGGCCCGGGGCUGGCCUGGUGUACACAGCCUUGUCUGUACCUAUGUGCGGACGCAGUGCGCUAUUUUUGACGACUCUGAAUGUGACUGAUGACGAAGAGCAGGCGAUCUCGACUGUCAAAGGGAACUACAAUGGAUCUUCCAGCUUACCUCUUCAGCUCCUAGGAUGCACCUUAGGGUGGACAAAAGGAGUCGUUGUGGUUGAUGGCGCCACAAGGCAACCUGCCGCAUCGCUCAGUGGCACAAAUUUCGACUUAGAUAACCGACCUUCGAUACGUACUACAUGGGAGCCUGAUUUAACGACCGAUUCGACGCAGGUUGAUGACUCCGAUUCGUGGGCUCUAUGUUGUUCUAUUCUGGGCCCGCUAGGGAGCCUAAUGCCGAUUUCCUCCGAGUCGAUAUCCUAUCAAGAGGCACUUUGGCCGUUCCGUAGAUACUUAGAAGAAGUGCUCGGACUUGCAACUUUCAACGGGACGCAUGCAGUCAGAUUGACGGCAUUCGAGGCGGCUUUGAGCAAGAUGACAGCUGUUACAUAUUGGUCUGCCGCACAUUUGACCCUUGACGAUCUCUUCGGCACCGCCAGGGGUUCAUAUAACCCUCACGAUGUUACAUUACUGCAUCAUUCACGCCGCAUUCAGGUCGCGGUCGGCCUCGGAGCCUCGAGCAAAUCUCUGAGAACUGCAAGAAGUCACCGCUUGUCGACGAAUUCGUCCCAUGCACAUCAUCUGGCUCGUCACAACGAACCGACACUGAACCAAAGAAUAGCGGGGAUAGAGGGCAGCGGGAUGACGGAUCUGGGAUCCUUCAGUCAGCCCGACGUACUCACGGAGACGGAGUACGACAAGUCGGAGCAAUGGCAGGACGGUGACUCGCAUAUGUUGAGUCAGAGUCAGGGAAGGCACAGGGAGAACUGGGUGUAUACAGCCGUACGUGAUGCGUGA